AUGAAAAUUUCAUCUAGAAGAAGAUCUCAAAAUAAUGAUCGUUUGAAUAGUAGAAGAUUUAAUAAUAAUAACGGUGAUAAUAUUAGUUAUAAUUCAUCUAGACGAAAUAAUAAUAAUAACAAUAAUCCUGUAACACGUUGUGAAUUACCAAUUUUAAAUAAUGGUGAUGUUAAAUUAAGGCAUCGCGGUAAAUUAAUACGUUUUGUAUGUAAUAAAAGUUUUUUUUUAAUUGGUAAUACUUAUGCUGCAUGCGGUAAUAAUGGAAAAUGGGAUAUUGAUAUACCGGUUUGUGUUAAAAGGGGUUGUUCUCGAACAUUAGAAACUCCAGUUAAUGGUUUUAUAACAUAUGAACGUAGUAAUUCUAUUGCACAUUUAUAUUGUGAGAAUGGUUAUUCAAUAAGUUUUGGAAGAAUUUCAUAUUGUAAUGGUACAACAUGGGAUAGACCGAUAGGAAAAUGCCGAAAAAUCAAUAAUAAAAAAAAUUUACAACGUUUUUGUGAUUUUGAAACUGAAGAUAUUUGUGGAUGGCAACAAGAUGAUUAUGAUGAUUUUGAAUGGAAACGUACAACUGGUGUUAAUAUAUAUAAAAGAAUACGAACUGGACCACAACAUGAUCAUACAACAUUAAAAUCAUAUGAUGGUCAUUAUAUGUUAAUUGAAUCUAUAAAUAGAUUAUCAUUAUCAUAUGCUAGAUUAAUAUCACCAAUAUAUCCAAGAAAUUAUAGUAUAAAUAGCUGUUUUAGAUUUUGGUAUCAUAUGUACGGUACAACAGUUGGCUCAUUAAAAGUAUAUGUAAAACCAUUAUCAAUUGAUAUUGAUAGUUUACAAGAUAAUAUUGAAACUAGUGGAAGUUUUCUCCAUUGGGAAAAAUCUUAUAAUCAAGGAAAUCAUUGGUACGAAGCGGUAUUCUUAUUAGAAGAAUUACAAGAAGAUUUUCAAAUUAUAUUUGAAGGAACAACUGGAGCCGGCCAUUUAAGUGAUAUUGCAAUCGAUGAUGUUGCAUUAUUAUUAGGAAAUGAAUGUUAUCUUUUAGAACAAACAUCAACUACACCAACCAAUACUAAUAAAAUUAAAUAUGAAACAGAAUUGACUACGGAUAUUAAUAAUGAAUAUACCACUGAAGAUAAACUUACAGGAGCUUUAGAUGAAAUAACUUGCACUAAUAGAUGUAAUGAAACUGAAUCAAUAGUAAACAAAUCCACAUCAAACAUUGAACGGAUUAAUAAUACCAAUGAUUUUAUAAUGAUAUGUGAUUGUCAUUUUGGAUGUCAAGAAAUAGAAACUUGUUGUUUAGAUUAUAAACGUACUUGUUUAACAUUUGAAUUCACAAAAGAUGAAGAAGAACAAACUGAAAAUUUUGAAACUACAAUAGAAACACAAACAUUUGGAACUACAACUGAAUUUAUGACAACAGUUAAAUUAAUCACUGAUAGUAGAGACAAUAUUACUGAAACCCAAACUAAUUUUAAUUAUAAAAAAGAUAUUGUUCUAUCUACAAAGCCAUCCAAUUUCAUAGAUCAUCCUUUAUAUACAACUGUUAAAAGUUCAUUAUCUGAUAUAAAUAUGGUAGAGACAACAUCCAACAUAUUAUUGCCUUCAACAACAAGAAAUUCAGUGUCCCAGCAAAAUUCUUAUAAAACAAAUAUUCCAAUUAAUACAGAAUUAUCAGCAAUCACUUUUCCAACUACCUGGUAUGAACAGAAAACAGAAAUUCAAACAUCAACUAACAUAAGAGAAAUUCACAAUGAUGUUGAAGCUUUUACAAAUGAAAUUCAUAUAUCAACCGAAAAUUCUAAUUAUAAAAAAUCAUCACAAUUUAAACCAACUAUAAGUAGUACCUCAACUAGUGUUAGAUCACCAGAAUUUAUACCAACUAGUAGUAGCACCAGCACCUCAACUAAUAGAAUAACUACUACAAUACAAACACCAGGCAAACUUCCAGCAAAAAAGAAUGUAACGUCAAAUGAAACUUCAAAAACGGGCAACAGAAAAGGCAAAAAUAAUAUUUCAUCUCUAACAAUAUUAAUAGUAAUCAUAUUAACUAUAAUUAUAUUUCUAAUAACAUUUACAAUUGGGCUCUUAUGUUCGAAUAAAUUAAAAAAAUUUAAUUCGAAAAAAAUUCAAAUAAAAUACUUUAAUAGAAAAAAUAAAAAAACCACACCAUUAUUACAAAAUAAUAAUGCCGAUUAUAAUAAUGUUCGAUAUUUAAUCAAUGAUGAUGAAUUAGAUUUUACUUUACAAACUAUUGAAUUACCAACAAAUAAUAAUCCAAAAGAAAACCUAUUAACACCAUCUUCUUCCAAAUCAUUUACGAUGCUUCCUUUGACUGAAAAAUAUGAAAAUACUGAAACUAAAGAAAAAAUUGCAGAUUCAAAGCAAAUCGGUAAUACAAAUUCGAAUGUUGACAGUGUUGCAUCCAAGUCUACAGAACAUUCUCAAAUGGAAAUAAAAACUAAAGAGCCAUCAAAAAAGAAAGUAAGGAAAUCAUUUAAUAACAGCAAAAAAUCCCAAUUUGAUGACAAUAAUGAAAAAAAUCAAUUAAUACCGUCAGAUGUAUCAAAUGAUGAAUGCGAUAUUUGCUUACAAUAAGUAUACUCAUAUUAUUGUUCUAAUUUUUAUUCUGUAUCAAGAAUAUUGAAAUGUACAGAUUUAUUUAAAGAGCAUAAUAAAAAAAAUUUUAGUUUAUGUUUCAA